ACGGAACUGGUGACGUUUGGGGCGGUGAGGCACGGCAACAUAGUGGAGCUGCUGGCGUACUCGCCGCACCCCAGCAAGGCGCUCGUUUACGAGUACAUGCCCAACGGGGACGUGCACGCCCUGCUCUCCCGUUGCAAGAAGGGCGAAGCAACGUUCCCGUGGGCGGCGAGGCUGAAGGUGGCGCACGAGGUGGCGCAGGCAGUGGCGUUCAUGCACUCGCUGCGCUACAUCCACCGCGACCUCAAGGCCAGCAACGUGCUGCUCACCCAGGUACUACCUCUCGGGUGCUACCUCUCUGGUACUACCUCUCUGGAACUACCUCUCAGGUAUUACCUCUCAGGUACCACCUACCUCUCAGGUACCACCUACCUCUCAGGCCACGUGCAUGCUAAGAGUGACGUGUACGCGUUUGGAGUCUUCCUCGUCGAGCUCCUUACAGGGAAAUCAGUCCUCCAGGACAGCAUUCACGAGGACCUGAUCCCCACGCUGCUGCACCACGACCACCCCAACCUCGCCCUCCUUGUCGACCCCGCCAUCGCCCCCGAGUGCCGCCGCAAGGACGCCCUCGCAGUGGCCUACAUCGCCAAGUACGCGCUGAUUAAGGAGUGGGACGCAAGACCGAGCAUGCAGUCUGUUGCUCAGAAGAUCGGGAACGUGGUCAAAUGGCAGAAGUCCCGUGCUGAAGCUGCUGCUGCGGCGGAGGAGGGGGGAGUGGGGAAAGAGGGUGCGGGGGAAGGAAAAGGGGCAGCUGGGGAAGGGGCGAAAGGAGAGGUUGGAUCUGAGUCUGUGGUGCAGAAGAUGGGGAUUGUGGACAAAUGGCAGAAGUCCCGUGCUGAAGCUGCUGCUGCGGCGGAGGAGGGGGGAGUGGGGAAAGAGGGUGCGGGGGAAGGAAAAGGGGCAGCUGGGGAAGGGGCGAAAGGAGAGGUUGGAUCUGAGGUGGUGACUGAUGGAGGUGGUCAGGAGACGCGUGGUGCUGCUGAGGCUUCUGGUGCUGAGAAGUCCCGUGCUGAAGCUGCUGCCGCUGCGGAGGAGGGGGGAGUGGGGAAAGGGGCGGCAGUGGGAGGGGAAGCAGGGGGAGGGGGAGCAGGGGGAGGGGAGGGAAAUGGGGUAGUUGUGAAUGGGGCGAAGGGAGGGGUUGGAUCAGAGGAGGUGGAGAGCAAGGAAGGUGGUCCUGGGAUAAAUGGUGCUGCUGAGACUCCUGGUGCUGCUGAGACUCCUGGUGCUACUGCUGUGGCUGAGGUUGGGAGUGUGACUUGA